UGGCAUCUUGCGAGGCUUCCGAAACAUCCUUCUUCAGCCUGAGUACAAGAGAGCGGAUGCGGGAGAAGAAAAAGGGUGCCCUCAGGACUGCGAAGUUGAAUGCUUCGCUUGCAUCGAAAAUAAAAACUAAGAUAAUUAACAACUCCUCCACUAUUAAAGUCUCCCUAAAACACAACAAUAAAGCAUUGGCUCUGGCCCUUAAUGCGGAGAAAGCCAAUGCACAGCGGCUCACCCAGGACAAGGCCAUCUUACAGAAGGAGAUGGAGCAGUGCCACUUCCAGAAUGCUGUGCUGCGGCACAGACUCUCCCUCCUGGAAAAUGCCUUGAAUGAAGUUGAAAAUAUUGCAGCCGCAGUUAGGACUGCCCAGCUGCCUGAGUUCUGUGCAAGUUCUACAUCCUUCUCUAAUGGCCAGAAGAGCAGCCUGACUGAAGAUAGCUGGGCAAAUGAUAUUGCAGACGGUCAGCUUGUGAGGGCUGCAGUGAUGCCAAUGAGGGUGCCCAUUUCCAAGGUAUGUGAUUCAAAACAGCAAGGUAGCCACUCCACAGAAGUACAGAUAUCCUCACAACAUCUUCAGAGACCUGCUUCUAAUGAGUCCCCAGAAACUGUACCUGUUGCCUCCAAAGACGUUUUGCCUGCUGGGAAACCUCAGUCUCACCAGGAGGACAACGGGAAGAAGCCAGCUGAAGCAAUGGAAGCACAAGAAGUUCUUCUUGAGUCUCACAUCUUUGGAGAGGCCUUGUGUGCCACUCAACAAAAUCCCAACAAUUUGCCAGCACAUGCCUGGGAAAGUCAUCCUUUUUCAUAUGAGGGUGAAGAGAUGGCAAACCAAUUCUUGGAUCGUCUCUCACAAGGGCAUGUUACUCAGAGGAGAAAGCGUUCUACCCUUUUUGCAACAAGUACUCCAUCAUCUGGUGCGGAUAUCUUCUCACAUGUCAGUUCCACUCAGGCAGCUCAGUGGAGUAUCACAAGGGACAGCAGCAGCUCCAGCACAAGCAACACACAGCCACAGCUGACAUCUCACAGCUCCCUGGUUUCACUUACUGAAACCGCUGUUAUUCCUCAUACAAAAUCUUUGAGUAAAGAGAUUUUCUGUGAUCAGCCUCAGGCUAAAGAAACUGACUGUAGUGUUGAAAUGGACCCCAGCUACAGCCAAGUCCCUGAAUUUGUUCACGUAAAGGCUGAAAGCAAAGGUAAAACUGUUGAGAAAACAGCCAUUAAAAAGGCAAUCACAGGAAAAAAGAAAACAAAUGCAAUUAAAACCAAUGCAGAAAGUAGUUCUGAUAUACCUCAAGUUGAAGAGAGUGUUCAAAAUGCAAAGCAGUUUCUUCAGCCCAAAGUUCCAACGUGUUGUAGUGAAUCUGAAGUUUCUAAGAUGAGAAAGAAGGCUUGCGUGGGGGCUUUCAAUAGGAAUAAUAGAGGCUUUGAUGUGGAGCAGCAUUCCUGCUCUCUUGAUAAAUUUCAAGAUCUCAGAAGAACCCAUGUGGUGAAUCCAGCACAGCUGCACAGUCCUGGAAGUGGUGACUUACUGGAACAGGGUAAGAAGAAAGCCAUCUUUGAGAUCCAAAGCAUGGAGAGCUUGUCAAAGAGCCCAGUUUGUACUUUCUCAAGUCACAAAGUUUCUUCAGAUGAUUUCAGUGUACAGAAUUCACUUCUGUUGAUGAAGGAGACCUCAAGUGCUUGUGUUUUACAAGAGGAUUCAAGUAUGAGCAAAAAGAGCAUCAGACAGAGAAUCAACAGAAAAACUAGAGUAAUUAGGCAAAGCAAUUGCUGUGAUGAGGAGAAUCUGUUAAACACUGUGAAAAUACCAGAGGCCGAAGCUGAAGAACAGCCUAAAAUAAGCCAGACAAGCAGGAAGAAGUCUGCUGUGAUCACUGCAAUUGCUUUUCCUGACAAAGAAGUUGUUUUGGGGCCAUGUACAGAUGUUGGAGAAGUAGUUAAGAAGAGCACAAAGGAUUCAUCCGACAGAAUUUGA